GUCUGCCAGACUGCGGGGCAGAGCGCUGAGUGCCGCCACCCACUUCGGACCGUGUUUGCCUUUGCUGCCCGCUGCACCAGCUCCCGCGCCAUGGGGGAAAGCCGAGACAAAGCCACCGACCAGAUGAAGCACUGGAAGGAGCAGAGAAGCUCACAGAAACCUGAUACCAUUACUACGGGAGCUGGUGUCCCUGUAGGAGACAAACUUAAUAUUCUGAGUGUCGGACCUCGGGGGCCUCUUCUGGUUCAAGAUGUGGUCUUCACUGAUGAAAUGGCUCACUUUGACCGGGAGAGAAUUCCCGAGAGAGUUGUUCAUGCUAAAGGAGCAGGAGCAUUUGGAUAUUUUGAAGUCACUCAUGACAUUACCAGAUAUUCCAAGGCAAAGGUGUUUGAGCAUAUUGGGAAGAGGACUCCAAUUGCUGUUAGAUUCUCUACAGUUGCUGGGGAAUCUGGAUCAGCGGACACUGUCCGUGACCCUCGGGGCUUCGCCGUGAAAUUCUACACUGAAGAGGGGAACUGGGAUCUUACAGGAAAUAACACCCCCAUCUUCUUUAUCAGGGAUCCACUGCUGUUUCCAUCCUUUAUUCAUAGUCAGAAGAGGAACCCUCAAACCCACCUUAAAGAUCCCGACAUGGUUUGGGACUUCUGGAGUCUUCGCCCCGAAUCCUUGCAUCAGAUUACUUUCUUGUUCAGUGAGCGAGGGAUUCCUGACGGCCAUCGUCACAUGAAUGGAUAUGGAUCCCACACCUUCAAACUGGUUAAUGCCAAGGGAGAAGCAGUUUACUGCAAGUUCCAUUAUAAGACUGACCAAGGAAUCAAAAAUCUUUCUGUCGAAGAGGCUGGGAGACUUGCUCGGGAGGAUCCUGAUUACGGCCUGCGGGAUCUCUUCAAUGCCAUUGCUUCGGGCAACUACCCAACCUGGACAUUUUACAUCCAGGUCAUGACCUUCGAGCAAGCAGAAGCAUUUCCAUUUAACCCAUUUGACCUCACAAAGAUUUGGCCUCACAGAGAUUUUCCUCUUAUCCCAGUCGGUAAACUGGUCUUAAACAGGAACCCUGGGAAUUAUUUCGCGGAAGUGGAACAAAUAGCCUUUGACCCGAGUAACAUGCCACCGGGCAUUGAGCCGAGCCCCGAUAAAAUGCUGCAGGGCCGUCUUUUUGCAUAUCCUGAUACUCACCGCCACCGUCUAGGAGCCAACUAUCUUCAUAUACCUGUGAACUGUCCUUACCGAGCUCGAGUGGCCAACUACCAAAGAGAUGGACCCAUGUGCAUGUUUGACAACCAAGGUGGGGCUCCCAAUUACUACCCCAACAGCUUUGGGGCUCCUCAGGAUUAUCCCCCUGCUCUGGAGCAACGCUUUCGGACCUCGGGCGAUGUGCAGCGCUACAACAGCGCCAACGAAGACAACGUCACCCAGGUGAGGACAUUCUACACCACCGUGCUGAACGAGGAGCAGCGUCAGCACCUGUGUGAGAACAUCGCGGGGCACCUGAAGGACGCCCAGCUUUUCAUCCAGAAGAAGGCCGUAAAAAACUUCAGUGAUGUUCACAGCGACUAUGGAUCCCGGGUCCAGGCGCUCCUGGAUAAAUACAAUGCAGAGGGACAGAAGAAUGUGCUUCGAACCUAUUCCCAGUCUGCACCUCAUUUGGCUGCAAAGGAAAAAUCGAAUCUCUAAAGUUAUCGGGAGGAUCUUUUCUCAGCUAAAGAACUGCAUCACAGAUGAAGCUUCAAGAGGUUAAUGCCUACGGUCAGUUGCCACACGAUACGACACAUCUGUAUGCUAACUGAGUCUAUGAAAAGGCCUGGUUUUCUACAAAUAUUCACAUUUUGCAAUGAAUAAUGCUUAUUGCCCAUUAAUACUUCGGACCCAGGUUUGUUACUUGGGGAAAAUAAUUUUUCAUGUUUAUGUUGAAAAUGAAGCUUAAUACAGUGCCUUUGAAAAAGUGUGUCUGGUACUGACAACUGAUUUCAUGUGACAUGACUAGAAGAAAAUUAUUUAGUGGAAUUAUCAAUUUAUCUGAUAAAAAUGAUCUUAUAAAAUUGAUAUUCUCAUCUCAUCUCACUGCCUCUUAGAUAAGAAGAGGAAUUGUUUUCUGGAUGAAUCUUUUUUUUUUUUAAAGAAUCUGUUUUCCUAUAGGGAAAACCUUUUCUGGAGCACCUUUUUCAGGAAAUUAUUCUGCCAUCAUCAUGUAUGUUUGGUUCAGUGUUUCUGCUUGGAAAUUGUCAUUUUCUAGCUCUUUUUUUACCUUAAAAUUAUGUUUGUAUUAAUGCAGUAUUGAUUUUGAAAACCAGAUUGAUUUGUAAUCAUAUUUGCAUUUUACAGUAAAAUAAUCUUCAAUUAA